AUGAAAACUGCCCAGUUGCCAGACUUGAAAUCCGAUCCCAUUUUCAACGGUAUUGAUUGGGACAAAGUAGAUAAAAAGGCGUCAGAUGCACCAUUUCCACCAAAACCGUAUUUGCCAUUGAAGCCUGAUGCAAAUUUUACCGUCAACUUGAAGGGCGAUCCGAUCGAAUUGGAAAAAGAACUCCAAAUAGCCGAAAUCUUUGACGGAUGUGAACAACGUUGUGAAAAUCAUCAGGGAAGCACAUUGCCCAUGAAGGAACAUCAUAAAGAAGUGCAAACUUGCUCAAUCGACGGUUGUGAAAUGCAAUUUACGUUUCAAUCUGUGUUGAGAUUGCAUCAAACCAGGGAGCAUAAUGAUCAAACUACUACAUUUACUAAAAAAACUCGGAAAUUCGCAUGUGACAUUUGUGGAAAAGCAUACUCAAGACGGGAUAAUCUAAAAACUCACAAAGAUUCUACACAUAACCCUCAUAAGAAGAAAUAUGAAUGCGAUGAUUGUGGUGAAAUAUUUCUCAGACAAAGUUCAAAGGAAACUCACAUCAUUCGUUUUCACACGAAUAGCAUUGGGAAAUUCAUUUGUGAAAUUUGUAAAAAAGUUUACGCAAAGCGGCGAAAUCUACAAGAUCACAUAGAUCAUACACACUUGUUCAAACAAAGAAAGAAAAUCAAUUGUGAAUUUUGUGGUAAAUCAUCGUAUCGUAAUCAAUCCCAUCUCCGAAGACACAUUAAUACCGUGCAUUUUAAUCAUCGAAAAUAUAAAUGCAAUACGUGCGAAAAGACUUUUAAGCAAAAAAUAACUUUGAUAGAUCACGAAAGAAUUCACACUGGAGAGAAACCCCUUAAGUGCACAUACGAGCACUGUGAAGAACGCUUCAGAACUCGCGGAGAUAGAACAAAGCAUAUUAAUCGUAUUCAUUCUAAUGAAACUCCCUAUGUUUGUGAAAUCGAUGGAUGCGACCAGGCAUUUGGAAGAUUAAAAGCACUGAAUUUGCACAGGGAGAAAGAGCACGGAAUAUCCACAUUGAAUUAUUCAUGUGAAAUUUGCUCGGAAAUUUUCAGCAUGAAGAAGAAACUGAUGGAACAUAUCAAAGAAAAACAUUCAACCUUGGAAAUGUUUAAUGCAACAGAGCAGGCUAUCGAACAGACACAGUCUCAGUACCAGCAAAGUGUUGUUGCUAGCCAUCAAGAGGAAGAUAAUCCGACUGGGGUAGAGUUCGGAAUUAAAGUGGAAGAACUGUUGAUUGACUCCUCACCUAAUGUGCUACAGAGCCAACAAAAUUAUAUAAAAAAAUAUAAAUGCGAUACAUGCGAAAUGACUUUUAAGCAAAAAGAGUAUUUAACAGAUCAUGUACGGAUCCACACAGGGGAAAGACCAUAUGAAUGUAAGCAUUGUGGAGAACGCUUCAGAACUCGAGGACAAAAAUCAAAGCAUAUCAUCAAUAUUCAUUCAGAAGGGUUUUGUUGUGAAAUUGAUGGAUGCAAAAAGGUAUUUACUUCUAAUCAAAGCUUGAGAUCACACAGAGAAAAGGGGCACGGAAUAUCUAUAUUGAUUUAUUCGUGCGAAUUUUGCUCGGAAAUAUUCAACACUAAGCAGAAAAUGAUGAAACACAUCCAAGAGAAACAUCAAUCUAACACAGAACAAUGACAAUACAAUUAGUAUGUCAUUCCUGACAAAAAUAAUUCAGAACAAUUCUCUUUUUUAUUGCAAUGAAUUUAAAAAAAAUUCUGAAAAAUAAAAAUGUACAAAUGAUUAAUUUUUUAAAUAAAUUCAUUUCAUCUUUUGUAAUGCUUUUUUCGGGAUAUUCACAUGUUGAAUAUUUGUUGGAGUCAUCCAACAUAUUAAUCAUUUUUUUUAAUAUAAAGUUUGUUUGUAUUGCACAUUUUGCACAUUUCAAUUUCUCGAUAAUUCCGUAUUUAAACUGUAGUUGUUAUAAUGAAAAUGUUAAUAAACUAAUUUAAAAUCGAUGUUUCAUUAGGCAUAAGAUUGGAUUAAUAAAGCAGUUGUUAUAUAGCUUCGUCUUGACAA